AUGAUAAUAAUCUUAAGUUUACUUCUUGUACUACUUCCCUCUUCAGCUAACCUAACCUUUAACUUCACUAGUUUCAACCCUAACAACCAUGAAUUAAGUUACUAUGGAGAUGCUGCACCUUCUAAUCCAGUCAUUCAGCUAACCCGAAAUCAGCAGGAUAAAGAAAUGCAUUGGAGUACUGGUAGAGUCACUUAUCAGAAACUGUUUCGCCUUUGGGACAAAGAUUCAGGAGAGCUAGCUGACUUCACAACCCGAUUUUCAUUCACCAUAAAUUCUGGAGAUCAAUCUGUUUAUGGUGAUGGAAUAGCAUUCUUUCUUGCUCCUGAUGGAUUUGAACUUCCUCCUAAACAAGAAGGUAGCGGUAUUGGUCUUGUAGGUGCUGAUCAGGUGCUCAACUCCACAUUGAAUCCUUUCAUAGCAGUUGAAUUUGAUACUUAUAGAAAUGAUUGGGACCCACCUGGUGAUCAUGUAGGUAUCAAUAUCAAUUCCAUGGUAUCGGUUAAAAAUGUGACAUGGUCAAAUCUUGUUGCUAAUGGGCAAAGAAACGUAGCAAGGGUAAGCUACAACUCGAGUGCAAAAAGGCUAAGUGUUGCGUUUACAGGUUUUGAUCAAACUGGAGUUUUCACACAGAGACUUAGCCAACUAGUUGAUCUGAAAGAGUAUCUACCAGAAUAUGUAAGUAUCGGUUUUUCAGCUUCAACUGGUGAUUACUUUGAGAUUCACACUAUUCAUUCAUGGGAUUUUAAUUCAAGCUUACCUACCCAUGAUGAGAUCAUUGGUCCGAUUGGUUCAGAGAUUAGUUUAAAUAGUUCUGCACCCAGUCCAUCAGUAGCGACGCUUUUGCAACCAGUAAUCCAUCAGUCACAAAGACAAUUUAAAGUAGUGUUGGGUAUUGGUGUUGGUUUAGGUCUAUGUGCUUUAAUUAGUGGGUUUUUCAUGUUUGGUUGUUUGAAGAAGAGAAGGAUUAUAUUCCAAAAGAGAGAUGAAGAAGACGUGUUUGGUGCUACACAAGACUAUGAGAUCGAAACUGGGCCAAAAAAAUUCUCAUACAAACAACUGGCCCUUGCAACAAAGAACUUUUCAGAGGGAGAGAAGAUAGGACAAGGGGGUUUUGGUGGGGUUUAUAAAGGUUUCAUGAGGGAAACGAAUUCAUAUGUAGCUGUUAAGAAGAUAUCAAGUGGAUCCAAACAAGGCAUAAAGGAGUAUGCAGCUGAAGUGAGAACUAUUAGCCAACUAAGACACAAGAACUUGGUGCAACUCGUUGGUUGGUGCCAUGAAGGCAAAGAACUCCUACUUGUUUAUGAGUUCAUGUCAAAUGGUAGCUUGGAUUCUCAUCUCUUCAAGGGAAGUUUCUUGUUGACUUGGGCAAUGAGGUAUAAUGUUGCUCGAGGUUUAGCCUCAGCAUUGCUUUAUCUCCAAGAGGAAUGGGAACAGUGUGUUUUGCAUAGAGAUAUCAAAACAAGCAACAUUAUGCUCGACUCCAAUUUCAACGCUAAGCUUGGAGAUUUUGGUUUAGCUAGGCUCGUUGACCAUGAAAUAGGGUGUCAAACGACAAUAUUGGCAGGUACGAUGGGCUACAUGGCUCCCGAAUGUGUCCUAACGGGCAGAGCUGGCAAGGAAUCAGACGUCUAUAGCUAUGGAGUUGUAGCUCUUGAGCUAGCAAGUGGUAAGAAACCCAUUGAUCCGAUGGCAAAAGAUUGUCAUAGAAGACUGGUUGACUUCGUUUGGGACCUCUAUGGAAGAGGAAUGCUUAGUCAAGUAGCUGAUCCGAAACUUGAAUCCGAUUUUGAUGAGGGAGAAAUGGAAUGUUUGAUCACUGUCGGACUUUGGUGUGCUCACCCUGAUCCGAAGGUCCGGCCUACUAUAAAGCAAGCAAUUCAAGUUCUUAACUCUGAAGCACCACUUCCGAACCUUCCGAAAACAGUACCAACCCCUACUUUCUCUGCCACACCUAUCACAAUGUCUGCGUUUUGGUCUUCGCCAUUGGCUGAUCUCACAGGUUCUGGAAGAGACUAUACCAUGUGUUCAAGUUCAAGUGACGAGGUCAAAUCAUCCAAGCACACCGGUUCAUCUUCAGCCUCCUCAUCAGCAUCCUUUGUUGAUGAUACACAAUAA